UGUCAGAAUUUGACUAUUUCUGCCGUAAAAGUGCAUGUGUGUGUUGUGCAUUAAUGAAGUUGUAAAUUCUAAUUAAUUUCUGCAGUAGCGAAAACAUCUUCUGAGACUGUUAACCAGUAAGCGUCCAGGCACAAUAGUUCAAAUUUAUGUUUAGUUUCCGGCACUAAUCAUCUGUUUCGGCAUCUAGAAGAACUGCAUCUCGGAAGAAUAAACAACGAAGAUACUGCAUUUCGAAAUUCAAGUUAAUGAUUGGUUGAGCUUCGUCAAACUAUAAGUUAACCAAUAUGGAGUGUGUUGGGGCAGAAAAGGGUGAUUGUAGUAGUGAAAACUGUAGGCCUAAUGCAGAAUGUUUGCAAGAGACAGAAAAGGAAAGUGGUACUGUUCCUGAUGGUGAUGUGAAUGUUGAAAAAGUGGACUUCAAAGUAAUAUACAACAAGACGAAAUACGAUAUUAGUUUUGGUUUAGAUAGCACUGUCGGGCAGCUGAAGGAACACCUGCAGGAUGUCAUAGGUGUUCCACAGGCCAUGCAGAAAGUUAUGAUAAAAGGACUUGCAAAAGAUGAAAGGACACUGAGGGAACUUGGUGUUGUUAAAGGUGCUAAAGUAAUGGUUGUAGGCUCAAAAUUGGAUGAUGUGCUGGCAGUGUCUACCCCCAGCAAGCAGGAAUUGCUAGAAGAGAAAGCUGUAUCCACAAGCAAGGAGCCAUUUUGCAAACAGAAACAACAUCGGAAGGUGUUGGAUAAAGGUGUUCCAGAAGAUGCAAUGCCUGGAAUAAAAAAUGCAAAGGAUCCAUUGCCACCAUUUCCUCUGUCAGGAAUGUUAAAUAAAUCUGGUGGAAAGGUACGUCUCACUUUCAAAAUGGAGCAAGAUCAGGUGUGGAUUGGCACUAAAGAACGCACUGACAAGAUACCCAUGACAUCAAUUAAGGCAGUUGUUAGUGAGCCGAUUGAUGGCCAUGAUGAGUAUCACAUAAUGGGAAUUCAGCUUGGGCCAACAGAGGCCUCAAGAUACUGGGUGUACUGGGUGCCAGCUCAGUAUGUAGAUGCCAUCAAGGAUGCCAUUCUUGGAAAGUGGCAGUACUUCUGAUUCUAUUCUGUGGUGACUAAAAAUUCAGAGUCCAUUGUGGGUGCUUCUGCCCUUUCAAGUAAAACAGUUUUGUGAUGUGACUGUAAUAAGACAUGAUAUGUAUUUUUCAGCACGAUUUUUCAUUCAAUUCGAUUGAAGUGGAGGCGUGCAUCUGCAGUGAGAAAGUUACCAGACACUGAUGUGAAUAUGUGAUUUAUCUGUAUUGAGACUUUUAGGUCUUUUUUAUGUAAAGCAAAAUAUAAUACUCUUACUGUUGCUAGCACAACAGAUUGGACUGAUGUAUGUAUUUAUGAGUUAUCAACCUCGCCUUUGCUUUCGAUAGCUGGACUUUAUGGUAUGUCAGUUUAUGAGAUUGUUUAAUUAUGUUUUGUUGAUUGUAACAAUGAUUGCUGUUAAAUUUUUAUGUUUUGAUUAUAUAUAUAUAUAUAUAAUAAAUGCACAAAUAAAAAACAGUUUUUCUUUUAGUA